AUUAAGACAGAAAAGACAAGAUAAAACUUGGAUCGGUUUCAAAUCCACUUGUAAACCUACGAUUUCUUUCUAAAAUUGGUUAAGCUCUUGUUCUUUUAAGUGUCUCUGUAACAGAUCCCGAACACUUUGAAGGAAUGUUGCUAUAAUUUUCCUUACCUAAACGAUUUCAUUCUUUUCACUUUCAUAAUGUCAUUCCUUUUCAUGGAUAUCUCCUUCUCUUUCAUUUCCGGUUUGUGGCAGCAUCAAAUCGAGGCAACAUAAACACAACAUGGCGCAAAGUGAUGUAGAGGAAUUUUGCAACCUUCCCGAGGAAAUCUGGCUUCAUACGAUUGGAUACCUCGCGGCUAUUCAAGAUAUUCUCAACUUAGGAUGCACGUGUAGAAGACUGUAUGAUCUAACAAACCAAAAUGUUAUUUGGAGAAGACGUUUUAAGGGCGACAGCAACCAUCUUUUGCACCUCCCGCAAGGUUCACAGUGUUCAGCUUUUCAUCACGUCAUGGCCUCGAAGGACGAAAGUGAAAACUUUGAUGUGGAGCAAGGAUUCUGGAAGAAGUUGUAUCUCAAAGCAAGUCAUGCUCUUUCAUUUCAGAACAGAAAUUUCAAUGGAUUUUCUAGCAUUGCAGGAGAAAGAUUAUGUGCGGAGUUUGUGGCAAAUCCAAGAGCGGCUAGAAGUGUCAUGGUAAGCUUCAACGGGGUUCGAUUUGAUGAUCGCGCUCCGACUAAACAGAGUGUGGAAAUUUGGGUCAAACUGAACAAGAGAAAACCCGACGGGAUAAUUAUUGGAUGUCAGAGCGAAUCAGUAAGUUCAAACAGGUGGCCUAACUAUCACUGGCAGAUACUUCAUGUAGGUCCUGAUGGCUGCAUCAGAGGCUCCUUGGAACCUUACAAGUUCAUGAAAGGACCUUGCAUCAAUGAUGGACGGUGGCACCACAUUGCAUUAACAGCAUCUUCAGAUUGGCAAUGCAUGUUUGUUGAUGGACGAGUUGUUUGCUCAAUAAAUUUUGGAAUUGGGCAUGAGCUUCACAGAUAUUACAUGAAGUAUAGUCAAAUUGGUAACGGUGUUAUCAGCUAUGGGACAUGUACACCUUGGGGAGAUGAUGCCAUGCCUCAUGGUCAUACUGGAUGGUAUCCCUUUCAUGGCAUGGUAAGGGAAAUUCGCAUCUGGUCCUGCCUGUUGUCCGAAUCUGAGGUGCGUCAGAACAUGCAUGUACAAAGAAUAGACCUGGUCCAACGAAAAACAACUGGACAUGGCAAAAAUGCUUUGAUUGGCUACUGGCCCAUGAAUAGGCUAAUGUCGGGUCCGUGGCCCUGGCAGGGAUCUUUAGUAUCCUGUACGUCACACUUGGAGGAACACAGGGAAAACAGUGUGCAUUUACGGAUUGUACGAGCCAGUUUGCCAUGACAACACUCUCUGCAAGUUGGGUGUACAUUUUCUGUUGCAACCAUGUGGGGUGUGCAUGCUGGUUGUCGUCUUUUAAUGCCAACUUAUGUUGCAGCGCACAGGGCUUCGGCUAUACAGUCAAACUUCUGUACAAAGGCCACCCCACGUACAAAGUUAACUGCCUAUUGUGGGGAGGUGGCUGCUGUUAGCAGGUCAAGAGCAGAUCUCUAAACUGGGACGAAAUCAUGUGGCCGCUGCAGAGAGGUUGCCAUUGUGGGGAGGUAGCCAUUAGUAGAUUGCCUUAGUUGUCCUGCAGGGCAUGAUGAGGGAUGAGAUGAGAGCCAUUAGUAGAAGUUUGACUUACUUAACAACUUUGUCAAGCAGCAGUGACUUAAAGUUCCUUUCUCCAUCAGCAGAACUUCAGUCUUUUGUGUCAUUGUAAAUGUGGUUGGUGUGUUAAUUUUCUGGGAUGUUUACUGUUUAUUGCACUGUCAGCAGUAACAAAUUUAUCUCCACCUUCAUUAUUAAAGAUGCACAUUGUUGUGAUCAUAGUUCACCAACGUGGCAACUUGUAUCAAAUUUCAGAGGAGAAAAAUGGUUUUGAUUGUUGGUUUUAUUGAUGAAUCUGUGAAUUUAUUGAUAUAUCUUCGAGUGGUUAUCAAUUGAUUGUCGUAAAACCAAAACCAAACCAAUUACUUACCAAUAAGACUACACUUCCAAUCUCAAACCGUAGUAAAACCAAGACCAAAGUAAUUCCCUAAUUACUUUAGACACUCAAUUGAAAACCUCUCUAAUGCUGAAAUCUUUUUGUUAUAUAAUUGCAAAUGUCCUUAGAGAUUUGUGUCAUAGAAAUCUGAUUUUGUAAACCCCCCC